AUGACGGAAACCAAGCCACCAGGUUCAAAUUCUCGGGAAGAUGUUCUCCAAUUUCUCGAAACACUUGAUACAUACUCUCAAACCACACCUGCUACAAGCCCUGCAGCCGUAGCAUCUGUAGGUACGCCAGCCGACACGCAAUCCGUCUUAGAUUUCCUUGAUCAAAUUACCCAAUCAACUCCAACAGCACCUACCACCGAACUUGAUGCUAAAUCGGACAACCAAACCAAUGUUUCGUUAAAACAAGAACGUUCUGCAGAACAACCAGAACACCAGCAGCAAGCUGAGACACAGAAACAAGGUGGUACAUGGUCAUGGGGUGGUAUAUUGGCAACAGCGUCCACAGCAUAUAAGACCGCAAGCACUGUAGUCGAUACUUCCGUUAAAGGUGCUUUAGCGACUGUUGAGACGGUGCGAACUAACGAGACCACCAAAAAAUUUGAAGAGAAAGUUCGCGGUAUUGUAAAUAAAGAAGCUAUCGAAAAAAUAGGUUCUGAUCUCAAGACACUUAGCCUAAAUACUCUUACGACGGUCGUAAACGCAGUAGUACCUCCAAUUUCCCAAUAUGAAGUUGUCGAAGUUUGGUUAGCUCAUGAUAUGGUAGGCUAUGUUGGUGUAGAAUCGCUUGUAUAUAGAGCUUUUAUAAAAGUUAUGGAACAAGUCGAAGGUGGUGAUAUUGUGGUUAAAAAAGGAAAUGAAUCAAAAAAGCGUGAUUCAGAAGAUGAGCCCAAAGAUUUGAAUGUAUGUGAAGGUUUCAUUGAGGCUGUUGGUCUGGCUAAGGCCAAUAUAGAACAAAUUAUCAAGAAAAAUUAUAACCCUUCGGAAUUGGAUCGAAAACCCGUUCAGAUGGAACUACAAUCACAAGAAAUAUUAAUGGAUGUUCCAACUACAAUCUGCCCUGUUUUUAUGGCCAUCCAACCAACAAAAGCUAAUCCUUACGUUAUCCCUUCUGAUCAAAAUGAAACCACCUCAGAUCCCGAACAGUAUUUAUUCUAUGUCAUUGUUUUAAAGGAUCCGACUCAUAAUUUAACCUUUAAGACUUUUUCACAAGCUCUUCCAGUGAGUUGGUUAGAUAUUCCAAUUGAGGAAAAUGAGUGGGUAGAAGAUAAGAUGGUUUCUGCUAUAAGAUUAGCAGUUCAAACCAUUGCACAGGACUAUGUUUGGCAUAGGAUGACAUCAGGUGAAGAAGAACAACAAUUGAAUGAAGAGAAAAAAUUGUAG